UAUUUCCUCCUCGCUUGAAGAAAAAAUGGAAUACAAUAUUAUGAAAAAAAUCAACAUAUUUAUUUAUUUAUUCCACGAAAAACGCUGAUUUCCAGCCGAAUCGGGGUUUGAAUCUUCACUUGUUUAGAAAAUCAUCUUGCUAUCUUCUCAAGAUCAGCCAUUACCGACCACCAUGAAGAAGAUGAAGCCAUCAUUUUGCUGUCUGGUUUUCUUGUUCUUCCUCGUCUUCUCUGCAACUCAAUGCUCCGCCGCCACUUGCCAAAGCUCAGAGAGGGCUGCUCUGCUGCAGUUCAAGAACAGCUUCGUUCCUAACCCUUCUUGCUUAGGCUCUCCUCCGGUGGUUGCUUCCUGGGGCGUUGAAGGUGGAACAACAGAUGAUUGCUGCUCCUGGGACGGCGUCGAGUGCAGCAACCAGACUGGAAAUGUUGUCGGAAUUGACCUUGCCAGCGGCUGUCUGUACGGUUCCAUUGACUCUAACAGCAGCCUUUUUCGACUGGUUCAUCUUCAAACUCUUACUCUCUCCGACAACAACUUCAAUUUGUCCCAAAUCCCUGGAGGGAUUGGACAGCUUACUGACUUGAGGCAGCUGGAUCUUGCUGGUUCUGGGUUUUCUGGGCCAAUCCCUUCGGCGAUAUCAAGGUUGUCUAAGUUAGAGACGCUGCGUCUCAGUAGCAUUAAUAUAUCUUCUGCUGUUCCUGAUUUUGUUGCAAAUAUGUCUUCUUUGAGGUCUGUGAGUUUGGGAGCUUGUGGGCUGACUGGAAUUUUUCCUCAGAAAAUCUUUCACUUACCAAAUUUGCAGCAUCUUGUUCUUCCAUACAAUCCACAUCUCUCUGGUUCUUUGCCUGAGUUCAACAUGAACAGUUCUCUUGUGAGGAUAUGGCUUGAACAAACUGCAUUUCAUGGUGAACUACCUUCUUCCAUUGACAACCUUAAGUCCUUGACUUCCUUAAAGUUAGGAAAUAGUAGUUUUUCUGGGAUUGUUCCUGCUACAAUUGGUAACCUUACUGGACUACUGGAGUUAGAGCUUUAUGCAAACAACUUUAGUGGCCCAAUCCCGUCGUCACUCGAACGCCUAACCGAGCUGACUCGUCUAUUUCUUAGCUAUAAUAAGUUCAGAGAUGCAACUUUGUCUUGGGUUGGUAAGCAGAACAAGCUUGCUUACUUGGGACUUUCUGGGAUUCGUUUAAGUGGCACUCUGUUGCCUUCUGUUGGAAACUUGACUAACCUUGUUCAGUUACUUCUGGGUGAAAAUGAACUAACGGGUGAGAUUCCAUCUUGGAUAGGCGAUUUUGCAGAGCUAACCGAUCUUCAUCUGUAUGGAAACAAAUUGAGUGGUUCAAUUCCCAAGUCUUUCUCUCAACUUAUGAACCUGAAGCACCUUUAUCUUCAGUCUAAUUACUUGAAUGGGACUGUGGAAAUGAGCAUGUUUAUGAAACUUGAGAGCCUUACUGAACUUCACCUCACUGCCAAUAAGUUGACAGUUCUUGAUGAUCAUGUAGGUAAGCCAAAUGAAACACUUCCAAACUUCAACCUUCUAGGACUUGGAUCCUGCAAUUUAACUCAGAUUCCAACAUUUCUUGAAAAACAGAAUGAGUUAGAGUUAUUAGAACUUGGAGAGAACAAUAUUCAAGGCCAGAUACCCAAAUGGAUGUGGAGCAUGAGUAGAGAAAGAUUGAUGGUUUUGAACUUGAGUCACAACGCCCUAACGGGUGUAGAAGAGUUUCAAGAUGCUCUUCCUUGGCUUAAUCUCACUGUGUUAGAUCUCUCUAAUAACAGGUUACGAGACUCACGUCCAAUUCUACCAGCCAUAUGCAAAUUAAGCAAGCUCGUGGCCCUCGAUUUGUCGAGUAAUCUAAUGAGUGGUGUGCUUCCACAAUGUAUUGGAACUUUCGGUUCUUUGGAUAUUAUGAACUUUAGACAGAACUCACUUCAUGGAACUAUUCCUGAUACCUUCAGAAGUGGGAGCAAACUAAGGUUUCUUGAUUUCAGUCGCAAUCAGUUGCAAGGUCAAGUGCCAAGAUCGUUAGCCAAUUGCAAGAUUUUGGAGAUCAUGGACUUGAGUGACAAUCAGUUAACCGAUGGUUUUCCUUUUUGGAUUGGAACUCUUCCAAUGUUAAGACUUCUAAUACUUCGAUCCAAUCACUUCCAUGGAAUAAUCGAAGAACCUGAAACCAAUACAGAGUUCCCCAUGUUACGAAUUGUUGAUUUCUCCUUCAAUAACUUUUCGGGUGAUCUCCCAUUGAAGUAUAUAACUAAUUCGAAAGGAAUGAAGAUUUUCAACACGACUGCGUCAGCAUAUCGAAACACAUUUAUAACUUUCUCAUUCGACUAUGUUUGGGCUCUUGAAUUUUUCUAUUCCACCACAAUAACCAUGAAAGGUUAUCAGAGAGAUUACUCAAGGAUUCAAGAGGUUUUUACAAGUCUCGAUCUCUCAAGCAACAGAUUUGAAGGACAGAUACCGGAUCUUGUUGGGAACCUAGAAGGCCUUCAAUCUCUCAACCUUUCCCACAACAUGCUUUCUGGCCCCAUCUCGCCAUUGAUGAAGAACAUGGCACGACUGGAGUCUUUGGACCUGUCACACAACCAACUCUCAGGACCAAUACCUCCAGAACUCUCACAACUUCAUUUCCUUUCAAUAUUUGAUGUCUCUUACAACAAUCUCUCUGGUCCAAUACCAACAGGGAACCAAUUUAACAAUGUUGAUAACAGCUCGUAUGUGGGGAAUGUGGGAUUAUGUGGAGAUCCAUUAUCAAAGCAAUGUGGAGAUUCCAAGCCACCUUCAUCAGAUUCUGAUGAGGAUGAAGAUGAGGGAUCUGAUUUUAAGAUUAAGUUUAAGACUGUCUUGAUUGGAUAUGGAUGUGGAGCGUUGGUUGGAAUGAUUGUUGGGAACUACAUCCUUGGAAGGAAGGAAGAAUGGUUUAAAAAGACCUUCAAGAUUGGAAUACCCAAAAACUGGGAGGAAUGAAGGAGCGCAAGAUGAGACCCAGGAGUGGAUGAUAUUGGGUAUCUCAGAUGCCUGAAUAUGAAGGACAUAUUGUUGCUUUAUCUUACUUUGUUGUUUCCAAGUGUAGAAAAAGGGCUCUUGUUGUAACACAACAAAUAGGAACAGGGAAUUUUGGCUGAUUACACAGGUAGAACAACUUGUACUAUAAUACAACUAUAUUGUUUAUAUAUGUAACAUAGUGAGUAUAUAUGAUUCAAAUACAGCAACUCCCACCAUCAACAGCUGAGUUUUCAACUAUGAUUUGGGAUGUCCUACAACUUGAAGAUGCAUUCAAAAGGAAAAAAAACAAG